AUGAAGGGUAGUAAAACCCUUUGCAUAAUCUUGGAUCUUACCUUUCUGUCAGAGUUCCCUCAGCUUCAUGUCUGCCUCAUAUAUGACAUUUUAGAUAGAAUUACUAAUGAAGGUUCCAAGAAUCCGGGAGCUGAGAAAUGUUCAAGCACCGGAUAUUAUGUACAUUCGAAACUUAAAACCCCGGAAUACCAACAUCACUUCCUAGUCCCACCUGUGGGACUCAGUGGAGGACUAGCACUCGUGUGGAAAAAUGAUGUGAAUCUCACGGUGCUAAGCUCCUCACCAAACUUCAUUGACACAAGGAUUGUCUUCAAAAACAACCCCUUCUUCAUCACAUUUAUCUACGGAACCCCCCAACAAGAGAGGAGAGCAGCGUUUUGGGAAGAGAUCUCCUUGAUGGGCCAGGGAAGAGAUUCAUCAUGGGCGCUAACAGGGGAUUUUAAUGACAUCUUGGACAACUCAGAGAAAACAGGAGGCCCAUUGAGAUGUGAAGGAACUUUCAUCCCCUUCAGGAGCUUUGUCUCACUGAAUGGACUUUGGGAUGUAAAGCACACCGGUAACCAGCUAUCGUGGAGGGGCAAGAGACACACCCACGACAUUAAGGAAAGGCUAGAUAGAACUUUAGCAAACGUAGCUUGGGCGGAUCUUUUUCCUUCUAGUUGCUGUAAUUACCUCCAUUAUGAGGGUUCUGAUCACCGGCCGCUAGUAACUUACCUGGAUACUCGGUUGAAGAAAAAGAGAAGACCCUUCAGAUAUGACAGAAGACUCAAUGAGGAUGAUGAGGCAAGGAAGAUCAUUGAAGCAGCCUGGUCGAGAGGAACUGUGGAAAGAGUGGAAACAAAAAUUACAAGAUGCAGACAAGAGAUUAUCAACUGGUCAAAGGAGCAAAAGGAGAUCAAGGCGAAGGAGGUGAUUCAGAAACAAAGGGAGCUGGAAGAAGAAUUAACUGUCUCAGCACCGAAUACUGAGAAGAUCAGAGAACUUUCAGAGGCGUUGGCCAAAGCGUAUAAGGGAGGAGAUAGAAACAGUGCUUUCUUCCAUGAUGUAACUAAAGGAAGGAAGGUGAGAAACAAUAUAACAGUCUUAGAGAAUGCAGAAGGAGCUCCAGUCUAUGAAGAGGAAGAGAUUGGAAAGGUCUUCGUGGACUUCUACCAUCUCCUCUUCUCGUCCAAUGGUAACGUGGAGUACCAUACAGUGGAGGAAACUAUCCAAGCGGGGAUUUCAGAGGAGAUGAAUGACGAGCUAUGCAGAUUACCAGAUGAAGAAGAAGUAAAGGCGGUGAUCUUUGAUAUUCACCCAGAUAAAGCGCCGGGGUCAGAUGGUUUCUCGGCAAGCUUCUAUCAAACUUUCUGGGGUCUGUUGAGUUCAGAUAUUUACCGAGAUAUUCGGACUUUCUUCACAUCAGGUUCUUUGAACCCCCAAAUCAAUGAGACACAUGUAUGUCUGAUUCCGAAGUCUACAGCGCCCAAGUCAGCUGCAGAGUACCGCCUGAUUGCCCUGUGUUACGUGCGGUAUAAGAUAAUAGCAAAGCUCCUCACUAAACAGCUGCAGAAAAUUCACCCGAGUUUGAUCUCGCAACAUCAGACAGCUUUCGUCCCUGGAAGAGCAAUCUCGGACAACGUUCUAAUUACUCACGAAACACUUCAUUACCUGAAGAUCUCGGAAGCAAAGAAGAGAUGCUCCAUGGUCAUAAAAACCGACAUGAGCAAAGCGUACGAUCGCAUCGAAUGGGGGUUCUUGGAGAAAGUUCUGAGGAAAUUAGGUUUUCGGGAGGGCUGGAUAAACUGGGUAAUGGAGUGUGUCAAAACCGUCUCCUACACCUUUCUGAUCAAUGGAGCUACAUACGGAAGGGUCUUUCCCUCUAGAGGCCUUCGCCAAGGAGAUCCCCUCUCCCCGUAUCUCUUCAUCCUGUGUACGGAGGUGCUCUCGGGUCUAUGCAAGAACGCUCAAGUCAAUGGCAGCCUUUUAGGACUCCAAGUCUCUCAGCAAAGCCCUCAUAUCAACCACCUUUUGUUCGCAAAUGAUACGAUGAUUUUCUGUAAAACGAAUGAGAAGAAUUGUCGAGCGCUGACAUCCAUUCUCAGACGAUACGAGAGGAGCUCAGGCCAGUGCAUUAACCUGACAAAAUCCACGAUCACGUUCUCUUCAAAAACCCCGGAGAGCAUCAAGGAGAGAGUGAAGACAGCGCUUGGAAUUGAUCAAGAGGGAGGUAUGGGUAAAUAUCUUGGGCUGCCGGAGACGUUUGGAAGAGGCAAAAGGGAUGUCUUCACAGGAAUGGUAGAUAAGAUCAGACAAAGAGCUCAGUCGUGGCCAACUAGAUUCCUAUCGGGAGCAGGAAAGCAUGUGAUGCUCCAAUCAGUCUUGACGUCCCUUCCCACCUACUCGAUGUCGAGCUUCAAGAUUCUGAUCUCCCUUUGUAAGAGAAUCCAGUCUAUUCUCACGCGCUUCUGGUGGGAUAGUGCACCGGAGAAAAGAAAGAUUGCUUGGAUGGCUUGGAGUACUAUGGCUCAACCAAAGCACUUGGGAGGGCUGGGCUUUAAGAACAUUGAGGACUACAAUGAUUCACUACUGGCAAAGUUGGGUUGGAGAAUCCUCAAUAAUCCAAUCUCGCUGUUAGCCCUUGUUUUAAAAGGUAAAUACUUCUCUGACUGCACCUUCAUAGAGAGUAAAGAUAAAACUGGCUCCUCCCAUGGUUGGACAAGUAUACAAGCCGGAAAAUCGGUACUGGAGAAGGGCCUUGGCUUCUUGGUGGGGAAUGGAGAGAACAUUCGGGUUUGGUCGGAUAAGUGGCCCUCUCCCCUGUGCCCUAUAACUCCAAUAGGCCCGCCCACCUACGAGAAUCAAAACCUUAUGGUGGCUGAUCUGCUUGAUCCACAGACCAAUGAGUGGGAUCUUCACAAGCUUCAGCUCCACUUACCUCAUUAUGAGGAGAUAAUCAGACUCAUAAUCCCAAGUGUGCAAAAACCAAAUGAUAAACAAGUCUGGCUGCCUGACCCCUCAGGAGUUUAUACCUCUAAAUCAGGAUACAAGAAAUUAUUUGAGGAAAAAGUCUUGGACCAUCCUGAUCCUCUCGACUGGAUGCAAUUGAUUUGGAAACUUCAUGUCUCACCGAAGCUACAACACUUCCUGUGGAGAGCGCUAAAAAAUGCCCUGCCGGUGGGUGCUCAACUAGCUAUACGUGGAAUCCAAGCAGAACUCAACUGCAAAAGAUGUGGAGAACUAGAAUCGAUUUCACACCUGUUCUUAUCCUGUCCUUUUGCAGUUGAGUUCUGGAAAAAAGUCCCCAUUCAAGCUUCGAGACUAGGAGAGACAGAACUGGAGAAUCUAAGAGACUGGCUAACAGCCUUUGUAAAAUCACCCUCGCUCCCACUAGUAGGGCUAGUCUCUUCCCCUCUUAUUCCGUGGCUGCUUUGGAACCUUUGGACUGCAAGAAACAAACUAGUAUUUGAAGGGAAGAUUUAUCAUGAGGAAGAUAUUAUCUCAAAGUCAAUUGCAGAGGCUAAAGCGUGGGAGGAAGCAAAUGUCAAGAGGGCUAAACAUCAGAAGAAGCGAACACCAGUAAGUAAAAAUCCUCUAAACACUCCUUCUUGCUGGUGUGAUGGGGCUUGGCAGGAAAGCACUAAAGCGGGAGGAAUGGAAGCUUUGGCUAUGCGUGAAGCACUUAGGAAGGCUAGAGAUUCGAAGCUCAAAAGUCUCCAAAUACUUUCGGACUCCCAAGUCCUUGUUUUGGCCCUGUGCGAAGGGCGGGAUAUGAAUGAGAUCGCGGGUGUCCUCCAAGACAUUAGAAACCUUGCCACUCUCUUCUGUCCAAUCUCAUUUACUUUUGUACCUCGACUAGAAAAUUUGCAGGCUGAUGCUUUAGCAAGCUCAGGUCUUGACCGUCUUCUUGUUGUAACUUGA